AUGGAACCUACAGAGCCCUACCUGGAGGAAGAGCUGGACUCUGAUAUAUCCUCAAUUCGCGCAGAGAUCCGAAACCUGCAAAAACGACGACGAUUCCUCUCCUCCAGCCUCCUCUCCUCCGACUACAUCCAAAAGCGACUGAAAUCUACACCCACUACCGCAUCCCUAAGCGAUAAUAUCUCCCCCCUCGUCCAAGCCGCCGGAAACCACGCCGAAUCGAACCACCACCGCGUCGCUUUCUCCGCGACAACCUUCCCCUUCAAAGAUCCCAACCCGAAUUCCGACUCUCCAAAUUUACUCGGCGUGCGUAUCGAUGUAUGCGCCAGAAAUGGCCGAUUCACGAACCCGUACUAUGUUCUUUUGAAACGGAUCCCGGGCGAUGGGGAGAAGCGGUUGCGCGUUCAUCGGCAUACCAUUCCGGCGUUUAUCUCGAUGGAGAAGCUUGAGAGGAGAUAUCUACCUUCUCCUCCGGUUAGUGAGGAUGAUGUGGUAGAGGCGGAGCUGAAACCGUGGAAGGCGAAGAAGCAGGACCUGCGCGCUUUGGUUCGGGAAUUAAGGCGGGAACUCGUCGCGUGGCAUCUGAGAAGGGGUGCGAUGGAUUUGCUCAGGGAGAAGUUGGGUGCGGGGCGAGAUGAUGCGUCAGAUGGGAAUACAUCGUCAGAAGACCAGGGGCAAUUGCCGAUAAACUCUAUGGGGAUAGUAUCGUUGUCUCCGACGACUCUGGAGACAAGAUACGUCCGUUUGGAAUGGGAAGACGGGCGCGUCGGAAGGUUCAAAAUUUCCAGCACUGGCAAAGUGGAACGAGCUGUCGUUAUUGGUGAUCAGGGUCGGGUUAAGGUGUUGGAAGAUGCCAUGACUGGCGGGGAUGGGAAGGCAGAAACCGUCCUCGACAGGUUGAUAAAAUAUCAGAAUACCUCGCAGACGCAUGUGCGGUCAUGA